UUAUGUCUCAGCUAACCAACGACACAUGUGUCAGUGUUUUACAUUUGGGAGUCAUCCAAGACAGGUUGCAAAACACGAAAGUUCUUGUCGUCCUUGAUGAUGUGGAUCAUUUAGAACAAGUGGAAGCCAUGGCAAAAGAAACUUACUGGUUUGGUCCGGGGAGUCGGAUUAUAAUCACUACACAAGAUCAAAAGGUUUUAAAAGCAAGUGGGGUCAAGCAUAUACACAAGGUGAAUUUACCAUCAUAUGAUGAAGCUCUCCAAAUGUUCUGCAUGUACGCUUUUGAUCAGAAAUACCCAAAGGAUGGUUUCCAGGAGCUUGCUUGUAAAGUUAGGGAUCUUGUAGGUGGACUUCCACUGGGGCUAAAAGUUAUGGGCUCAUAUUUUCGGGGAAUGUCCGAGCAAGAUUGGAGAGAGGCAUUACCAAAGUUACAGGAACACCUUGAUAGAGAUGGAGAAAUUGCAAGCAUUUUAAAGUUUAGUUAUGAUUCCUUAUGUCAUGAAGAUAAACGUUUAUUUCUUCAUAUAGCCAUCUUUUUCAACGGUGAGAAGAUUGAUAUAGUGGAAGGCUGUCUAGCAAAAUGUUUUUUGGAUGUGAGACAUGGGCUUCGCGUCUUAACUGAAAAAUCUCUCAUAUCUGUGUUUUUGGGAGAAAUAGAGAUGGCUAAGUUGCUAGUUGAACUGGGAAGAAAAAUUGUGCGAGAACAAUCGGUUGAUGAGCCUGGAAAACGCCAAUUUUUGACUGAUGCAAUUGAUGUUGAUGAAGUAUUGAGUGAUGAUAGAGCAGAAAGUAGCAGCGUCAUAGGAUUUACUAUUGGGACUUUUCAGGAAAUAACAUGGACAAGUGAAAGAGCCUUUGAAAGAUUGACUAAUCUUCAAUUCCUUAGAAUACUUGGCAAAGGCGUUAGUCCGCAAAGUAUGAACCACAUAUCCCAAAAACUUAGAGUACUAAUUUGGUAUGAAUCCACGAUGACAUGUUUCCCUUCAACUUUUAAUCCAAAGUUCCUAGUCAAACUAGAGAUGAGGAAUAGCAAACUUAAGAAACUGUGGGAAGAAACAAAACCGCUCAACAAUCUCAAGUGGAUGGAUUUGAGUAGUUCAGAAAUUUUGGAAGAGCUUCCAGAUCUUUCAACUGCCACUAAUCUAUAUGACUUGAAUCUCAGCUAUUGCUCAAACCUGGUGAAGCUCCCUUACUCAAUUGGGAAUGCAACUAAUCUCAGAAAAUUGAAACUCAGUCAUUGCUCAUAUUUGAUGGAUCUCCCUUCUUCUAUUGGGAAUUUAACUAAUCUUCAAGAACUGAAUCUCGGUGUUUGCUCAAGUUUGGUGGAGCUACCUUCCUCUAUUGGGAAUGUAAAAAAUCUUCAUGAACUGAAUCUCAGUGGUUGUUCAAGCUUGUUGGAGCUCCCUUCUUCUAUUGGGAAUGCAACUAAUCUCCAAAAAUUGAACAUCAGUCAUUGCACAAGUAUGGUGGAGCUUCCUUCCUCAUUAUCUGGUCUACAUCACCUUGCACUAAAUGGAAUGAAGAGGUUGGUAUCACUCCCGCACCUUCCCGAUUCACUGUGUAAACUAGAUGCAGAAACUUGUGAGUCCCUGGAGAGUCUAGAUGGCUCCUUUCGAAAUCCGGAUAUUCGUCUCAAUUUCCGUAACUGCUUCAAACUAAAUCAAAAAGCAAGAGAUCUCAUCAUCCGGAAUCCGACCAAUGAAUAUGUAGUCUUUCCCGCUGAAGAAGUGCCUGAGUGCUUCACUUACCGAUCAUCUGGGAGUUCCUUGACUGUGAAGUUAAAUCAAAAGCCUCUUGGUAAAUCAACCAAAUUUAAGGCUUGCAUCAUAUUACCUGGCGAUGUGGACGAAAAUGACUUAAGAUGUUGGCGAAGAGCAUAUCUCUGUUGUAGAAUCACCUCCGGAGGGAAUGAUCUCAAUACUUGUUUUAGAAUAGCAGAACAGGUUUUUGGGGGGCAUCUGUACGCAUUCGAGGUUGAGGUUGAAACAGAGGAGAUGACUUCCACCGAGGUUGUUUUUGUUUUUGAGUUCGAGAUCCAGUUCGAGUAUUCACUUGUAGACAGGUCCGAAGAAUGGGAGAUAAAAGAAUGCGGGAUGCUUCAACUCUAG